UUUAAAAUUAUUAAUUGAUACCGGUGCAACUAAAUCUUUUAUAAAUCCAGAAAAGGCUGAAAAAUACUUUUUUAAUUCAAUAAAAAAGGAACCAUUUACUAUAUCAUCAAUUUUCCAAACAACUAGGAAUCACUGCAUAGAAAUUCCAGCUUUUGAUGAAUUUAGAUCAAAACAAAAAAUGAAAUUCUAUCUUUUUAAAUUUCAUCACUUUUUUGACGGCUUAAUAGGUUACGAAACAUUAAAAGAUUUGAAAGUUCAAUUAGAUUUGAAUAACUAUAAAUUAAAAACACCUUUUAGUGAAAUUCCUUUAUCUCACUACGAAGCAAAAAAUAAACUUUUAUUUUUCGCUCGAAUUGAAUCAAAAUCUAUCGAACAAUUAAAUAUUCCUGUUUCAAUUUCUAAUGGUCAAAUAAGUUUAGAAAAUACAAAUAUUUAUAAUUGUUUUAUCCCAGCCUGUAUAACAGUUUCUAAAAAUAAUUAUGCACCAGUAGAAAUUCAUAACAACACCGACGAUAUUCAAGAAAUAUGCUUAUAUAGUCCAAUAAAAGUUAAUAGCUUAGAUUUAAAUAAUUUCGAAUUAUAUAAUUUUUCUAUUAAUAGUCCUUAUUCAGAUGGUCAUACUGAUAUAAGUUCACUUAUUAGAACUGAUCAUAUGAAUAGAGAGGAACAAAGCAAACUUUUAAAAUUAUGUUAUUCAUAUUCAGAUAUUUUUCAUAAACCAAAUAUACCCUUAACAUUUACUAAUACUAUAAAACACCAAAUUAAGAUGAAAGACGAAAUUCCUAUAUACACAAAAUCGUAUCGCUAUCCAUUGAUACAUCCACAUCCUUUAGAAUAUUAUCAUUUAUAUUCUAUUCCUAAUGUUAAUCAAACAAUAAUUAUCCCACCUUCAAAUUACCUUAUCCUGGGAAAACAUGAGUAUCAAUACGACACUGAAGAAUGUAUGAAGACCAGUACAAAGUAUUUUUACCAAAGAGGUCAUCUCCUACCACUACCUCAAAGUGAAGAUUGCGUUACGUCAAUACUAUCCACUACGAAGAAUACACAAACUUGUAAUCAAAUAUCUAUCAAUAUGAAGAAUAACAUCAUAGAAGAAGUAGACCAAAUGCAUUAUAUUGCAGUAUUUCCAAAAGAAGAAAAAAUAACUACUAUAUGUGAAGAAAAACAAGUAAUGGCCCUGAAAGGAACACACCCUGUAUUGAUUUCUGGAAUACAGACAUUGACAAAUAUAAAUGUUAUUCCAAUCAAGAAAUUAAAUAUUGAAAAAGUACCCUUGGACAAAAUGCAUUUAAUUCAGUUAGAAGAAGAAAACCCAAUGGAAAACUUCUACAUUCAUUCCUAUGCAGUGAAUUGGACACUUUGGAGCAUCUUCUUCAUUUUAAUUAUUUUUGCAACUUCUUAUUUCAUUUUUAGAAAAAGAAAACUUCAACCGAAGCCCGUUCCCCAUCCAAGGAUGAUUAGCGAAACUCAAGUUAGUCCACCCUAGAGUUUCUUCUUCGCAGGGAGGAGUUAUGUAUCCAGCCUUCAUUGUUCAAUAAUGCUGAUGCAAGAUACCCUUUAAUUAUAAAUAGCGAAGACAGGACUUCGAACGACGGAUUGAUCUAUCGACAGCAGUGCAGAACGAAUCUCUGCCCGUCACCAUAUCAAUUUUUUCUAUUGUUAAUUAAAUAAGUUAAAAAUAAAUAAAUCUUUGGUUUUCUGA